AUGGCGCAGGAGGCGGCGAUUGCAAAUCUGACCGCCGCCGUGAAGGAAUUGGUGGCGGGGCAGGGCGCACUGGUGGCGGGGCAGGAGCGAUUGGUGGCGGAAUCCAUGUCGCUUCGCGACACGGUGACGGAGGUGGCGGGACAGUGGCGCCCGCAGGUGGACGCGGACAUGGAGGACCUCCAUCGUCAACUCGGCAACAUGCGUAUGCGCCUCGAUGCCUUGCUUUCCUCUCCUUGGCUAGAAUCCCGGGAAGAACAGGUGUUCCAAGGUGGUUCGGCGCCGCGGGGAGACCUCAACUACCUCGCCAACGGCGCGAAUCACGGGCCAACCGGCCGCCGCGAUGACUCGACUUCACGGGGAAGAAUCCUUGGCCCUUUUGCCAAUGAUUCAACCCCGGGCAAGGUUACUCAAGUUUUGGAUGCCUUUGCUGAUGUCUUUGUUGAACCUCAGGGGUUGCCUCCUCCUAGGUCAUUUGAUCAUAGUAUACCUUUGGUCCCUGGUGCCCAGCCUGUCAGCCGGCGACCAUAUCGCUAUAAUCCUGCUCAGAAAGACGAGAUCGAGAAACAAGUUUCUGAACUUCUCCGUCAGGCUGUCAUCCAGCACAGUUGCAGCCCAUUCGCCUCACUUGCCUUGUUGGUUCAGAAGAAGGACGGGAGCUGGCGCAUGUGUGUCGACUAUCGCCAUCUCAAUGCCUUGACAGUCAAGAACAGGUACCCACUUCCGGUCAUCAAUGAACUGUUGGACGAACUAGUUGGUGCUUGCUUCUUCACCAGUCUCGACUUAUGUGCUGGGUAUCACCAGAUCCGGAUGAACCUGUAUGAUGAAGCUAAGACCGCGUUCAAAACACAUCACGGUCACUUUGAGUACAAGGUGAUGUCGUUCGGUCUGACGAAUGCACCGGCGACCUUCCAGGGCACCAUGAACACAAUUCUGGCUCCUCUAUUGCGUCGUUGUGUGAUCGUGUUCAUUGAUGAUAUCCUCAUUUACAAUAGGACCUUGGAGGAGCACAUCGAUCACCCGCGCCAGGUUUUCUCCCUGUUACAACAACAUCAAUUGCGUGUGAAGCGAUCUAAAUGCUCAUUUGCCCAGCCGUCUAUUCGCUAUUUGGGGCAUGUCAUCAAUGCUCAAGGCGUGGCAAAUGAUGAGAAGAACAUUGCUGCAGUUCAGAACUGGCCUCCACCACAUAAUGCGAAGGAGGUCCGAGGAUUUCUGGGGUUGGCAGGAUAUUAUCGUAAGUUUGUUCGCCAUUUUGCUGUCAUCAGUAAGUUGUUGACCGAACUACUGAAGAAGCAUGCUCUGUUCCUCUGGACUUCAGAAACUGACCAUGCUUUCGAAACUUUGAAGACAGCCCUGGUCUCUGCCCCUGUUCUCGCCCUACCUAAUUUCACCAAGACCUUCAUCCUCGCGACAGAUGCUUCUGAUUUGGGAAUUGGUGCGGUUCUUACUCAAGAGGGCCAUCCUUUGGCAUUUCUUAGCCGUGCUCUCGGUCUUCGCUCGCGUGGCUUAUCUACUUACAAGAAGGAGUGCUUGGCCAUUUUGAUGGCCGUCGAUCGAUGGCGUCCUUAUCUUUUACAGUCAGAAUUCAUCAUUCGGACUGAUCAAUGGAGUUUGAUUCAUUUGGAUGACCAACAUCUCACCACUCCAUGGCAGCAAAAGGCGCUCACUAAACUCAUGGGAUUGCGCUACAGGAUUCAGUACAAGAAGGGCGCAGAGAACCGCGCCGCCAAUGCUCUUUCUCGACGCGGCGGUGACUCAGGCGAAUGUGCCGCCAUCUCUGCGGGCGUUCCUGUGUGGCUCGACCAGGGACGGGUGUGGCUGGGCGCCAACUCUGCUCUUCAACAAGAGAUUCUCAAACAUUCUCAUGAAAGUGCCCUUGGUGGUAAUUCUGGGUUUCACGUCACCUACAACCGCAUCAAGCGUGCUUUCUCGUGGCCUGGUUUGAAGCAAGAUGCACGCUCGUUUGUCGCCGCUUGUAACAUCUCUAAGCAGGCCAAACCUGAGCACGUCGCGCAGGCUUACAUCGACAAUGUGUACAAGCUCCAUGGACUGCCUGAGGUGCUGAUCCUUGACCGUGAUCGUAUUUUCACGAGUCAACUCUGGCGCGAGUUAUUCCGCCUGGCUGGAACACAGCUCCGCAGGAGCACAACGUACCACCCGCAGACCGAUGGGCAAACAGAGCGCGUACUCUACGGUCAUGCACCUCGACACUUUGGCAUCGGCGAUACUUCUGUCUGCCGGGUGCCUGAACUGGAAUCUUGGCUGGAGGAGCGUGAGGUGAUGUUGCAAUUGGUCCGUCAGCAUUUGGACCGCGCUCGUCAGCGUAUGAAGCAUCAAGCCGAUAAGAAGCGGUCGGAGCGCACGUUUUCUAUUGAUGAUUGGGUCUUCCUCAAGCUCCAGCCGUAUGUUCAGACCUUGGUGGAUAAUCGCGCUAAUCACAAGUUGGCCUUUCGCUACUUUGGUCCCUUUCAGGUUCAGGAGCGCAUUGGCGAGGUGGCGUACAAGCUGCAGUUACCUGCUCGCAACAGAGUGCAUCCUGUCUUCCAUGUCUCUCUGCUCCGACCAGCCUCACCUCCAACUGAACCUGUCGAAGCUACUCUUCCGGAAGACCUGGCAAUCUUCCCUUUGCAAGUGACUGAAGAAAUCCUCGCCCAUCAUACCAUUCAGCGGGGUGCUGCUUCUGUUCAGCAAGUCCAGGUGAAGUGGUCUGAGCUGCCUCCUGACUUGGCUACCUGGGAGGAUCAGGCAGAGCUUCGUCGGCGCUUCCCGGCGGCUCCGGCUUGGGGUCAAGCCGUCUCUGAAGGAGGAGGGGAUGUCCCGUCCGUGAGCCCACGUACUACUUCACCUACUGAGUCUCGAGCUGGACUUCGUAUUGAGCCUCGACGCCAACGCAAGCCCAAUACGCGCUAUGACUCGGCCCACUGGGAGAUGGGAGCAUGGGCUACUUAA